GCAUAAUUUUAGAUUCAGUUGGUGUGGUUUCAUCGAGCGUACUGGAAGUGCGCGCAUCAUGGGUUUCAUCAAGACGUUAUCUCCUGUAUUUUUCGGUGUCGUUCUCUGGUACAUUUUCUUGAGUAACGACGAGAUUCUAGUCGAGCUCGACGAUGGAAAAUUGAGCGGAGGCCAAUUUUCCGAUAGGUUGGGUGGAAAAUUCUACGCGUUUCAGGGCAUUCCGUACGCCAAACCGCCAAUCGGAAAUCUCCGUUUUAAGGCUCCACAACCUGCAGAUAAAUGGGAAGGAAUUCUAAAUGGAAGUCAGGAAAUCAAGAAAUGUAUACAAAAUGAGUUAGGAAAGAAAUUCGGCGAAGAGGAUUGUCUUUACCUCAACGUCUACACGCCAGAAAUACCUAAAGUUGGAGCGAUUUUAAAACCUGUGAUGGUGUACAUACACGGUGGAGCUUUCUUAGAAGGAUCCGCUUCAAUGAUCAGAUUGGGACCGGACUAUCUAAUAACGGAGGAUGUUGUCAUUGUGGUGAUCAACUACAGGAUCGGAGCUUUAGGUUUCAUGAACUUGGAAAAUUCCGACAUUUCUGCUAACAAUGGCAUGAAGGAUCAAGUAAUGGCUCUGAAAUGGGUCCAAAAGAACAUCGAAAAAUUCGGAGGAGAUCCAAAUUCGGUUACAAUUUUCGGAGAGAGCGCUGGUGCAGCGAGCGUUGAUCUAUUAAUGCUUUCACCAUUAUCGAAAGGAUUAUUCCAAAGAGCGAUUGCUCAAAGUGGAAGUGCUCUCGCCGAUUGGGUAUUUGGCACCAAAAACAAUGCCCUUCCAGUUGCUAAGUAUUUAGGCAUCCAGUCCACCGAUCCAAUGAAGAUUGCCAAUGAAUUGAGAAAAGUUUCAUACGAAGAUCUAUUCAGAGCGCAGCAAAACACCGAUUGGAAUAUCAAAAUAUCCAAACUUUGGAACGGUGGUCUUAUCAUUGAGGGCAAUGGCCCUGACAGUUUUUUACCAGAACACCCACAAAAGAUACUUCAAUCUGGACAAUUCAACAAGGUCCCUCUGAUAAUUGGGUUCACCAACAAAGAAGGAAUCCUUAUACAAAUUAUGCAACAUUUCACCAACACUCAUUACAGUGUGAGAAGAACGGAUGAUAUACCAUACAGCGGAAGUAAAGGAGACGAAAACUUGAUCAAAAACCUGGAAACUGCUUUAAACGAGGAGUAUUUCAAAGAAAAAAUUCCUAAGGAAUUGACCGAAGAUGCAAUUGUUAUGUGGUCGGAUAUUUGGUUUAAAGGACAUAUUGUAAAUUCCGCUCAAUUACAUUCAAAACAUCACGACGUUUAUCUGUACGAGUUCUCGUUGGACAGUAAAAUGAAUUUCUUCAAAAUGCUGACCGAGGCCACGGCCAAAUAUACAGGUGCGUCACACGUCGAUGAUCUAGGUUAUUUGUUCAAGCAUAACUUGUCGUCGGACGUAGAAGAAAAUAGCAUAGAAGAUACGCUGAUUCGAAAGAUGGUCAAACUUUGGACAAACUUUGCGAAAUAUGGUGUGCCGACACGACAAGAGGAUGACGUCUUAAAAGGUGUAAUCUGGAAACCGACGAAGUCUGAUCAAAUCAAUUUCUUGAACAUUACGAAUGAAAUGUUUAAAUUUGGUACUUACAACUACAAGCGCAUUCAAAUUCUGAACCACUUAUUCAAUUAUAGAUCAACAUAGUUUGAUGGAAAAUGGUCAAAUUUAUUUAGUUUUUAAUUAUAU